CUGUCUCCAAUCUGGAUGCAGAGAGCAAACUGAGUGUCUAUUACCGAGCGCCUUGGCAUCAGCAAAGAAACAUCUUCCUCCCCUCCACCAGACCGCCUUGCGUGGAGGAGCUGCACCACCACGCCAAGCAGCACCUGCGAGCCUUGCGCAGAGAACAUCGAAGCCGAGGUGAUAACAGAGAGCAAAAAGUCCAAGGUCCCAUCGCUGUGGUGGCUCCCCCCUUUCCUCCCUUCCCUGUGAUCUGCAGUCAAAAGAGGCACACGGUAAAGGACCGGCACUUGCUACCAUUUAACAGCACCCGUUCGCCCUCCCCAAUUGAGUGUUGCCACAUGACCCCCUGGAGUAGAAAGUCCCAUCCACCAGAGGACGAAGAUACAGAUGUCAUGUUAGGGCAGAGGCCGAAAAAUCCAAUACAUAAUAUCCCUUCUACACUGGAUAAACAAACCAAUUGGAGUAAAGCACUACCUCUCCCAACUCCAGAGGAGAAAAUGAAACAAGAUGCCCAAGUGAUUUCUUCUUGCAUUAUCCCCAUCAAUGUCACUGGAGUUGGUUUUGACAGAGAGGCUAGUAUACGCUGCUCUCUUGUUCAUUCACAAUCUGUACUACAGCGAAGACGAAAGUUGAGGAGGAGGAAAACCAUCUCUGGCAUCCCCAGAAGAGUGCAACAAGAAAUAGAUUCAGACGAGUCACCGGUGGCGAGAGAGCGCAAUGUGAUUGUGCACACAAACCCGGACUUCUCCGGCUCCGGCAGCAGGAGGUCGGGGACCCGGGACUCAGAGUGCCAGACGGAAGAAAUCCUGAUAGCUGCUCCCUCCCGGCGGCGGAUCCGCGCCCAAAGGGGGCAAAGCGUUGUCGCCUCCCUCUCCCACUCUGCCGGCAACAUCUUGGUGCUGGCAGACAACGGGGAUGCCGUCUUUGCAGCCGCUGUAAGCAACCGCAUCCGCUCACGCAGCCUUCCUCGCGAGGGUGCCCGGGCCAGCGAGGGCCAUCAGGAUGCCACUACCAAGAGCGCAGGGUAUGAAGCAGAGCACUUCUUAGCUGGCCAGGAGAGGAUCCCAAAAAAGGGGAAGGAGGUCUUGAGCAAGCAGGGUUCACAAGAGUGCCAGCCCAUUGAGUUAACUUGUCCUCAGCACCUGCACAGCCCUGAACACAGCAUCGGUGAGAGGGGAAGGUCGCGGCUGUCAAGGAUGGCUGAUUCGGGCAGCUGCGAGAUUUCGUCCAACUCAGACACCUUCGGGAGCCCCAUUCAUUCUAUCUCCACAGCAGGAGUCCUGCUCAGCAGCCACAUGGACCAGAAAGAUGACCACCAGUCCUCCAGUGGCAACUGGAGUGGGAGCAGCUCCACAUGUCCCUCCCAGACGUCUGAAACCAUUCCUCCUGCUGCCUCUCCUCCGCUGACAGGCUCUUCACACUGUGACUCUGAGCUGUCACUCAACACUGCUCCCAACACCAAUGAGGACUCCAAUGUCUUCAUCACGGAGCAGUUUGGUGACCACACGGACAAGGUCAGGGGCCACAGGGCAAGCUCCUUCACCUCCACUGUGGUGGAUUUACUGGAUGACCCCAACAAUAGCAACACAAGCGACAGCGAGUGGAACUACCUGCACCAUCGCCACGAUGCCUCCUGCCGCCAGGACUUCAGCCCUGAGCGCCCGAAGGCCGACAGCCUUGGGUGCCCCAGCUUCACCAGCAUGGCCACCUAUGACAGCUUCCUCGAAAAGAGCCCCUCUGACAAGGCAGACACUAGCUCACACUUUUCUGUGGAUACCGAAGGAUACUAUACCUCCAUGCACUUUGACUGUGGUCUCAAGGGUAAUAAAAGCUAUAUUUGCAACUAUGCAGCCGCGGGCUCCGAGAGUGGCCAGAUGGGGAGCAUGACCUCCAGCCUGGCUGACUGUGCCUGGCAGGAGUGCGUGAGCUACAGGAGGCAGGGACGGCAGAGCAUCUCGCUGAAGAAACCAAAGGCAAAGCCAGCCCCACCAAAACGCAGCUCAUCUUUGAGGAAAUCGGAGAGCAGCACCGACCUUCAUGAUAAGAAAGAACCAAAGACUGGUGGUGGGCAGCACGUCUCUCACACCGCCAGGGAGAUGAAGCUGCCCCUUGAGUUUUCAAACACUCCCUCCCGAGUGGAAGGCCUCAAUCAGCCAGCCAAGCAGGAGCUUCCCUGGGCAAACCAGGGUGAUGGCGGGUUAAAGGACACUCCAUUCGAUACUGCCGAUAUCCCCUCCUUUAAAGACGAAGGUGCUGAACAACCUCACUAUGCAGACCUCUGGCUUCUGAACGACUUGAAAUCCAGUGAUCCUUACAGGUCCUUGUCCAAUUCAAGCACCGCUACGGGUACUACAGUCAUAGAGUGCAUCAAGUCACCAGAGAGCUCUGAAUCCCAGACAUCCCAGUCCGGGUCACGAGCCACCACCCCAUCCCUCCCCUCCGUCGAUAAUGAGUUUAAGCUGGCCUCCCCCGAGAAGCUGGCGGGUUUAGCAUCACCCUCCAGCGGGUACUCCAGUCAGUCAGAGACACCCACCUCUUCUUUUCCAACUGCUUUCUUUUCGGGACCCUUGUCUCCAGGGGGGAGCAAGAGGAAACCGAAAGUACCGGAGAGGAAGUCGUCACUGCAGCAGCCACUCUCAAAAGAUGGCACCGCCUCAGUGAGCAAAGACCUCGAACUUCCAAUUAUACCUCCUACUCACCUCGACCUAAGUGCUCUUCACAACGUCUUGAGCAAGCCCUUCGCUCACAGGCACCAGCUGCAUGCCUUCAGCCACAGCAAGCAGAGCGCGGUCGGGGAAGCCCUGCAUGCCAGCCCUCCCUCCGCCCUUGCCAUCACGCCCUCUGUUCUCAAGUCUGUCCACCUCCGAGCAGUCAACAAGCCUGAAGGAGGGAAACAGAAAGGCAGCACUCCAGACCUGCUUUGCAUACAGGAGUCCGCCUUGAUGGUGACUGAUGUUUAUCCAGGCAAAAUGAGGCCACUCUUAGCUAAGAAACCAGUAUCACGCCAGUACUCCACGGAGGAGGCCAUAAUGUCAUACAUUGAUGCUUCCCCAGCAGAAGCGGGCCCUGGAAAGCCGCCAUUAGAGAAAAGCUCCUCUUUCAGUGGGCAGAAUAGCUGUGAGCGAGAAGCUGUAACUUCAGCCACCAUGAGUCUGGUUGAAAUCAAACCCAGGAAGGACCAAACACACCUGGCCACUGAGCGCUUCCCAGAAAGUGCUCUGAAUCAGACAUGUGCCAUAUCUGCAGAUGGGUUUCAGAAGGGCUCAGUUGUCCUCACAGGUGAUGACGAAGCAAAGAAACCCAGCCAGGGAGCAGAAACAGAGCAUGACCUUCAGCAAGUGCAGGCUCAGCAAGAGCUCUCUGCAGGCAGCGAGGGGAGACUGGAAGCUGGGCCUGCAGGUGAAAGCCCAGCUCAGGUGGAGGGAGCAGCCAUCAGCGAUCAUCUUAAGCACCAACCCGAUGUAAGCCACCACGUGCCUGGGAAUAUCGGCUAUGAAGUGGAGACGGCAGCAGUGAAUUCACUUGGCGAAGCUAGCUGCAUGCAGGAAAAUGAUAUCGCAUCAGGUAUCCCAACCAAAAGUGCCUCUGAUGACGGCAGGGUGGACGAGACAGUGGGCGGCGCAGAUGAGCCUUCACUGAAAGAGUCUUCUCCAAGCGACGAGUCCAUCGUGUCUCCACUGAGUGAGGAGCUGCAGGCUGACGCUGAGGAUGUCUUUGUGUCUCCAAACAAACCCCGCACUACCGAGGAUCUGUUUGCAGUCAUUCACAGAUCAAAAAGGAAAGUUCUUGGGAGAAAGGAUUCUGGAGAUCUUUCUGUAAGAAACAGAUUGAGAGCUUCGUCUGGGGCUAGCAGCCAGCCCCCUGCCAGCAGCACACUGCCUGCCAGCAAUGUGCCACUGGCCGGCAGCAUGGGCACUCCUAUAAGCAGUCAGAGGUCCCCCGGGCUCAUUAAGUCCAACACAUCCAAUGAGGAGUUUAAACUACUGCUUCUUAAAAAGGGCAGCCGGUCCGAUUCCAGCUACAGGAUGUCCGCCACAGAAAUUCUGAAGAGUCCUAUUUUGCCCAAGUCCCCCGGAGAGCUGACGGUGGAUGCCCCUCAAAGCCUGGAGGAGUCUCCCGCCAUGACAAGCCCUGAUGCAUUGUCCCCACUCUCCCCCUGCUCCCCCAGGGUCAACGCAGAAGGAUUCUCCUCCAAGAGCUUUCCCAUGUCGGCAUCUUCAAGAGUUGGGCGCUCACGGGCACCUCCAGCAGCCAGCAGCAGCCGGUACAGCGUGCGCUGCAGGCUGUACAACACACCGAUGCAGGCCAUCUCCGAAGGAGAGACGGAGAACUCGGAUGGCAGCCCCCAUGAUGAUCGGUCUUCUCAGAGCUCAACGUAG